UACGUGAGGUCCUAUUUAGCCUGGGUGAAUUUCGGAGCCUUUUCAGGAGGGAAACUUCAGGGUUUUUUUGUCCCGAGAUAAAAAAAAUACUGAAAAAAAAAUAAAAUAUUUAAUAUUAAGUAAAUAAGAACCCAUUGAGAUAUAAGCCUUUAAAGUAAACCAUAUACAUUUUCAUACAAAUAAGACUGGUAUUUUGGCAACUCUGCACGACCUGUAUUCAAACUAGCAAGCUCCUGAUUGCAUGAGUUCGAGAGAAGGAAGUCAUGUCUGGUAUCGCCUUAAGUCGACUUGCUCAGGAAAGAAAAGCCUGGCGAAAAGAUCAUCCCUUUGGGUUUGUAGCAGUGCCAACAAAAAACCCAGAUGGGACGAUGAAUCUCAUGAACUGGGAGUGUGCCAUUCCAGGGAAGAAAGGGACUCCAUGGGAGGGAGGCUUGUUUAAACUGCGGAUGCUCUUCAAGGAUGAUUACCCUUCAUCUCCUCCAAAGUGUAAAUUCGAGCCUCCUCUAUUCCAUCCUAACGUAUAUCCAUCUGGCACAGUGUGUCUAUCGAUUCUAGAAGAAGACAAAGACUGGAGGCCAGCAAUUACUAUUAAACAGAUCUUGUUAGGAAUUCAAGAACUUCUUAAUGAGCCAAAUAUCCAGGAUCCUGCUCAAGCAGAGGCAUAUACAAUUUAUUGCCAAAACAGAGUAGAAUAUGAAAAGAGGGUUCGAGCACAAGCUAAAAAGUUCUCCCCACCAUAAGCAUCAAGUUCACCAACAAUGGAAGGGAUUGGUUUGGCAAUAUUAUUAUUAUUAUUAUUAUUGUGUGUUUUUUUUUUUUUUUUUUUGGUUCCCCACCCCCCUUUCCAAAAAGUUACCUGCUUGUGGUUUGGCAAAGUCACUAAAGAACUGGUGAAGCUAAACUACAGUGUGCCAAUUACUAUGUUUGCCACUCGCAUCAAAGUCCAAGAAUGCAUAUUUGCUAAAUUGGCUAUAUUUUAUAUAUA